AUGGCGGACAGCACGUUGAAUGUUUUUCUGCGAUUUAGCACGUUGCUCCUUCUUUGUCAUAAGUGUUGGAGCGAUACUACUGUUCAGAUCCUAAAUGACAACAAUUUCGAGCACUUGACGCAAGCUUCAACAGGAGCAACGACGGGAGACUGGUUUAUAGUUUUGUGAGUUCAUCAUAGGCGAAGUUGAGCUUAUAUAUGUAGAAUAGACAGUACAAUGGGCAAGUACUUUUUGUACAGUGUCAGGGCUCAAAGUUUAAAUUUGAGUUUUGGAGCACUUGUGCUACCAGAUGUAAAAUUUUAGGCGCACUGCCGAAAUUUUAGGCGCGCAGCUGAAAAUUUUAGGAGCACAGCUUGUAAUGUUGGGAGCAUCUAUUUCAAAUGAAAAAGUAAAAAGCUUAACAGUGCCACGUUUAUUUGUCAUCUUCAGUUUGUUACUUUUAAUUCAGUCCUGUGAUUGAUAAAACACAGCCUAUUUGCUAUGCAGUAAUACCGUUGUGAUUUUUAAUACUGAUUUCUCUUUUUGACAGUACAGUUGUGACUAAAGAAAACUUACUCUUGAAAAACAAUUCAAAACUGACAACAAUGAGUGUGUUGAAUGAGAAUGAAAAUUAAUCUUUAAUGAAUUUGUUAAAUGCGCAAUGACUUACAUGUAACUGGAAUAUGACUUAAAAAAACUUUCUUACCUGGAAAAAAAGGCUCUUAAUCGGCACUGCUUUUGUUUUGAUUGACAUUAAAACUGAACGUUCGACAUGAUCAUCCAUAGUGCGAAAAGUAUGUGUUUCGUUCGUAGCAUAUAUUUGCAUGUGUCAGCGGUGUUUUUUGCAAAAUAGAAGAGUCUGGGAUGGAGUAAAACAUCGAAACGAAAAAGAACAAUGGAGUUUGUAGAAUCCAUUGGGAGAAAAGACCAAUUAAACAUACACCGUCUUUCUAGUUCGUACAUGUAGUCGGACCGGAAGUAAGUCAGUCACACUGUGCUUUGGGUUUUACGGUGCACAGGUGCGAUUACACAUGAAAUUUUAGGCGCACAACCAAAAAACUAGUCGCAUAUGCGACCAGUUAGUCGCUAACUUUGAGCCCUGAGUGUCUAUUAAAAAUGCUUGCCCAUUGUCUUCUGAGUCUCUCUUUAUUUUAUGAGCAUCUGUUCGUUCUUUAGUUUAAACACGAACAUGAAAUGUCAUAUGCCCCCAAGAAAAACUACCAGUAAGAUUUCGGUAUAACCACAUAUGCUUAUAUUUAUUUAAAUAUGCAUUCAGGAAUUUCAUACUUUUUCUAGCAAAUAGUUGAAUAGAGUUGAAACAUGUUUGCAUAAUAAAUGUGUGGGGUUAUACAGAAAUUUUACCCUGUGAUUGUCAAAUUUCGAUCCAAUUUGGUUGUUUCAUUUCGUCUAAUUAUGAUUGAUGGACUGAAGGUGAAAAACCUAAGCGAUGGUUAAAUUUGUUAUUUUCCAGUUCAAAUCUUAUUGAGAAGGGCAGGAGAAAAUAAUGUUCCACUGCUGUUCGUUAGCCUGAUAUGUUUUCAUGAUGACAUCAUUAAGAUCAAAGUGUGUAAUCGUUUAAACCUCACUCAAGUGGGAUUCGUACAUAUGUAUGAGCUUUGUUUUCUUUUAACACAUGACUUUUUUUUUGUCACUUGCCUUUGCCACUCCACAGCAAAGUCAUGACAUGUCUCAAGUGGCCAUUCAAACAAAUAAAAAUUUUCCAAACAGCUGAUGUUAUUUUGAACUGCAGUGAAAGGCAACAAACGCCUUCAUUAUUCUGUAGCUUCUGCUUUGCAGUUUUCUUCAUUUCCACACCAUCAUCACUUUAUCAUCAUCCCCUCCCACUCUUCAAAAACAGGUUUGAUCGUUCAAUGUAUGAUCCAUUGAUAUCGGAUGCGUUCAGCAAAAAGCCUGCAUUUUGUUGCUAUGAUAUGGCAACAUUAGUUUGAAUCUGCGCAUGUGCAGAAUAAUUUCUGCAUAACUAAUCAAUUACACACUUUGAUCGUGUUGAUGAAACUUGACUUAAAUGUUUGGCUUUUGCAGCUCAUUUACUGACAGAGACCCAGAGUGUGCUGAAUGCAAGAAAGCAGAUGAAGCAAUAGAAAAAGCUAAAGAAAAGUAAGUGUGCUAUAUUUUCAAGUUUGUAAAAACAACUACAACCUUACUUGAAUCCCCUAAGUUCAAUUAAUCAUAUAUAAUCAAUUUAUCUAUCUCUCAUGGCAUUGUUCCCGACCAUAUGAAAAUUGCUCGCGUGAUACCACUCUUUAAAGGCGGUGAUCGAUCACUCUUUACGAACUAUAGACCGAUCUCGAUUCUCCCUAGCUUUUCUAAGUUUCUUGAAUAGGUUGUUUAUAACCGUCUUUAUAAUUAUUUAAGUAAACUAGAAAUUCUAUGUGAUAAUCAAUUUGGCUUCAGGAAAAAUCAUUCAACUUCUUUAGCAUUGAUUGACUUAUAUGAAAAAAUCUCCCUUGCUCUUGAUCGCAAUGAACAUGCCGUUGGCGUUUUCCUUGAUCUUUCUAAGGCCUUUGAUACUGUCGAUCAUAAUAUUCUGCUUGACAAACUCGAACACUAUGGUAUACGUGGCGUGGCUCUGGACUGGGUUAGAAGCUACCUCUCCAACAGGUUGCAAUUCGUUCAAUUUAACAGUCAAUGCUCCUCUCCUCAAACUAUCUGCUGUGGUGUCCCCCAGGGAUCUAUUUUGGGCCCCUUGUUUUUCUUGCUCUAUAUUAAUGAUUUAAAUAAUGUAUCGUCGCUCGUCGAGCUGAUUUUAUUCGCUGAUGAUACUAAUUUAUUUAUGUCCCAUAAAGAUCCUGUCUACCUGGCAGCCUCACUCAAUUCCGAACUUAAUAAAUUAUCCACUUGGUUCAAGGCAAACAAACUCUCCUUAAACCUAAAGAAAACAAACUUUAUGUUAUUUAAGCCUAGACAGAAAAGGUAUCAUUUUCCAAUGCAAGUAUGCAUAAACGAACAGAGAAUCGAACAGGUUAAGGAAACGGUCUUCCUCGGUGUAGUCCUUGAUGAACAUCUGUCUUGGAAACCGCACAUUUCUCAAGUAGCUCGUAAAAUCNUAGACAGCUAGAAUUAGGUAAACUUAUGUUUUCUCUUAACCAUUCUCUUUUGCCUUCAAAGUUCAACAAUUAUUUUUCUUUAAACAAACAAGUCCAUAGCUAUGCCACUAGACACGCGAACGAUUUUCACCUUCCUUCAUGUAGAACAAACCUUCGUAAAUUUUCUGUCAGUUUCCAAGGACCUACUUAUUAUAACACUAUAGAAAAUGAUAUUAAAGAAUCUAAUUCUCUCCACUUAUUCAAAACGAAACUGAAAAAAAAAUUAUAUAUGAAUUAUUAGUUAUAAAUCUUGUAGUAAAUAUAGUUAUAUUUCUUCCAUGUCUGAUAUUAUUUUUAUACUUAUUGUUACUUGUUACUUAUUGUUACAAAUAGCUACACGUGUAGUUAGCUAAUUGAGGUGAGUAUUGAGGAAAAUCUGACAAAAGAAAGAAAGAAUUCAGCUAAAUACCUAACAAGCCACCAGUGUCUUAUAACUGAUAAUGGAUGGUUCAGUAACUAUAUUUGGUUAUUAGUUCACUGAAGCCCAAAGAUUCUAGCAUAAAGGUGCCUGUCUUUUCGCUGCAAAGUUGUUUUGCUACAAGUGGUUUCACUGCAUCAUGAAGUCAAUUAACUGCAAAGCGUUUCUCGACUCACUGCAACAAUGGCUCUAAGUUGCUGCAAAGACAUGUUCAGAGGCAGUGGGAGGCAGAGUGGCCGAGUGGUUAGGGUGCUGGACUUGUUUCUGAAGGCCUGAGUUGGAGUUGUUUCUGGAGGCCUGACCGGUAGCUGGAUUUGUUCUUGGUGGUUCCAAGUUCAAAUCCUCAGCCAUGCCUGUACAUAGCCAACUGGUUUGCCUCCUACCAGUUGGAAUUCUACCUUGGAAUUUUACCUCUCCAAAAGCUUCUCUGUCAUUAAGCCAAGUGCCAAGUUGGCAUCCCUGUUAAGUUUGACUUUUUGAGACAAAUCCAGCACAAGACUGAGUAUGGAUAAGAACAGAGGAAUACAGGAAUGAGGUUGACCCCCAAUAAUCUUAAGAUAAGAGUUACUGUUUUGUGAGAUCUGAUCUGUAAUGAACAAUCUGUGUUUCCAUUCAGUUACAUGUCUAAUAAAAUGUUGUAACUUUUUAGGUUAGGCCACAAGUUGAAUUUUGCCUUAGUGUUACCACCGAGGAGUAGUUGUAAGUAUGAAUUUUGUUUAAUUCUCCCUAUUAUUCUUCAUCAAUUUGCAAUGACUUAAGUUAGUCCUAAAAUGUGUUUUGUGAGAUUUUACGCUUUUACUGACAUUUACAAAAGGGACAGAAUUAAUAACUUUUGUACGUACAUGUAAAAGAAAGAUACCUUAUUAUUUAUUUUAGUAUAUCAGGAAAACCCAAUGUGAAAGUAUUACUAAAUACAUAAUUGAGGUUUUUGCAAAAUCAAACUUUCCAACUACAGUUAAACCUCUGCCAAUGCCCCCCCUUCCUCAGUCCACAUACAUGUCCACAUACAUGGGUGCUUCUACACCAGUCCAUACAGUGUAGGGUAGAGUUACAGUUUUGACCAGUUCAUUGUUCUUAAUGCAGUCAACUCUUGCCUCACAGGAACUUCACCAGUACAGACACCCUGAAAAAAAUUACUGUUCAUAUUAUGGCGUCAUGAGCACUUUUAUUAGGUCUCAUUGGUCAUUUCUAUUGGUCAUUUUCUUGCUACAUGUGAAAUGGAAAGGGAGCUGACAUAUUUCAACAUUCAGACUCAGAUAACAAAUAUGUAUUCUGUUUCUUGUCAUGUUAUAUUUAGUUUUUAGUUUGAGUUACAGUUCUUUUCUGUUGCAUAUGCCCCUGGACCCCUUAAAUCUCACACCUUCAGAGUCCCAGGUUGCGCCUUUGGUGAAGUUUUUUCCUUCUCCACCUACGGUUUACUCCAAAGCUUCUGCCACCUAGUUAUAACCUUAUUGAAAAUCCUGAGUUAGUGGUCUAAUAAUAUUAUUUUUUACUUUUUAUUAUGAUACAAAAAAUUUAUGGUAUACUGAUGAUGAGUUUAUGCACCCAUUUCACUGUGUUUCAAAAUAUUCAAUUUUAUUGUACAUGUAAUUCUUUAUUUUUUUUACCUUUUACAGUAACACUGAGGCGAUUCGAUGUAGCAAGAUGGCCUUUUGUCACGCUGUGAGUAUUCUUCCUUUCUGUUCUUAACUUUUUUUCUCUUUUUGAUUUCCAAAGAGAUUCUGUGUUUUCACUCACAUCACUCGCAUCUAUGCAAAUUUAUUGGAAUAAAGGAAAGCGUUUACAUAAGAAAAGAGUUUAACUCCCACAGGACUGGUUUGGGACACAAACAUGGCUGCCGCUUCAUUGUUUUGGGACACAAAUAUGGCCACCAUGAUGUCAUGUGAAAACACACAAUAUCCAUUAAUAAAAGCUUAAUUGUUAUAAUUUCAGCAGUUCCUGUAUCUCCAAAUGACAGUAUAAACUGUUUCAAAAGAAUUAAACUUCUAGUAGUAUUAUGUGUGGAGUGAUGAACUAAAAUAUAAUGUUGCUGACAAAAUAAUGCCAAUUUGCAUAGUGGCAUUGCAUAUGUUGCAGGUCAAAAUUAAAUUCAGGUUAAUAUUUUUUAACCUGGGUUGAUUCUCAAUUUCCUUUGUGUCCUAGCCCUAUUUCAUGAAAAAUUAGGGCUAGAACACAAAGGAAAUUAAGAAUCAAACCAGGUUAAAAAGAUUUUAACCUGAAUUUAAUUUUGACCUGUAACUAUGUACUGGGAGGUUAAGGAAUGCUGAUUAAGGGUUUUUAAACUCACUUUAGGGUCUUCAGGACAGAAAAACAAUAUUUUUAUUUACCCUUUAAGCCCCAGUAUCCACAUACAAAUUCUCCAAACUGAUCUCCAUACAUUUCCUUUAAGAAUUAGUUGAGAGAAUUUAAUAAAAGGUCAAGGCACUUUCUCUUUUGUGAUCAUUUUUUAUAUUCUCACAACCUUAUCUCUUUACAAUGUAUGGACAUUGUUAGGAGAAAAUUGUUGUUGGUCACUAUUGGGACUCAAAGGGUUAAUGCAAUAGAAGACUAAUGUUCCUACCAAUGCAUGUAAAGGUACGCUAUGGCCAAGGGUUGUGCAUAAAAAAAAUAACAGGUAGUGAUAAUAAGGAUUACAUAGAUUUAGCCAAAGUUUAAGGUGGAGCUCCUCUUAGUAAACUUCUAAUUUACUUCAAACAAUGAACUUGUAACCAUUGGAAAGAAAUCCACUUAGAAGAGCCUGUGAUCAGUUGAAAACUACGUACCUUGUCAGCGGAUAACUUAAAAAAAAAAUGUAACCUCAAAUGAGCUAUACCUAAACCUGCAACACAGUCAUGUGAUACUGGUCAGUGGAAAUCUUCUUUUGACAGCUGUAAAUUGACCACCACAUGGAUGUCCAAUAUCCGGUUGCAGGCUCCCACACGAGCUAGAAAAUGUUAGAUCUCACACUGGUUUCCCUCUGGUGUUGGGAUGGAUGCACAGUCAUGUCACUACCAAAUUAAUAACCAAAUUUCUGAGCUGUGGGGCUUCACCUGCAAGCACCCCCAUGGAGCUCCACUAUUAAAAGUAACAAAUGGCAUCAUAGAUUUGUGUCUUUCCCCUUGGAAGUGGGAACUUGUAGAGCAUUGAAGUGAUUAUAGAACUAUUUUUGUCAGUCUUAAGCAGGGAAAGCAGUAUUUGUAUUCAGAGGACAAGAUGGAUGAAGAAUCAUUUAUCAAAUUCAUAGAAGAAGGCUAUAAAUUAGCUGCAUCUCAACCAGUUCCUCCUCCAGUUAGCAAAUUGUAAGUGUAAUAAUAGUAAUAAUGAAGGGAGCACAAAAGCUCAAAAUUGUCACCCAAAGUGUACCAGGGUGCUGCUAGAAUAAGGUCCCAAGGGGCUACCCCACGGGGGCACCAGGUGCUGCUAGAGUACUACCCUAUGUUUUGUGCAAAAACUAAUUUACUAGUGGCCAUCCUGGAGCAGCAGUUAGGGGGAAGACACUAGGUGCUGCUACAAAACAGCCCUGUGCUGUUUGGGCCAAGGAGACCGUUACACUCGGAGCUUAAACUGGAGCUCCUUAUAGUACUUGCUUAAUUCCCCCUCCCAAUCCUUGGUAAGGGUACAAAGUGCAAAGUUACCCCCACCCCCACCCUUAGUAUUAUGUCACCAGUAACAACUUAGCCACCUGAGUUAGAUGAGGAAGUACAAAGCAAAGGAUGAAAGUUUCCUCUUAAACAGGAUGAAAAAGGAUUUCAGUGCAUCUGUGGAUGACUUCCAAGGGUGAAUGAAUUUUAACCUGUUCCAUGAGUGCAAAAUAAUGAUGAGUCAGGAGUGAUGUCAUCUUCAAAAGUGUCUGAAUCUGAAAUUUAUUCAUUAUUUUAGUGACAUCUUCAUUGAAGAACUCAUGAAUGAUGCAAAGGUAUGGACGUUUUUCCUCUACUUCAAUGUUUUAUUUCUCUAUCUCUCCAUGUACUCGACUUUGACAAUAUUAGAAAUACCAAAAGGGUGGGAAACAUAAAGGGUCAUGCGUGUCGUAGGAGCAUUUCCCAGGGAAAUUGUCCAGCGACAGGAAAUUUGUCCCAACAGAGUUCAACUUAAUGAACUUCAUAAAAUUGUUCCAAGGGCACUAUCACCUUCGUGCAGACGGUUCUACAACAUUUUUUUGCAACGGAAUGAAUUAUUUGAAUCAGUCAGCGACAACCUUGGAAAAUCACCAAAGAAACUUAUCCUGGAGCAAUUUCCUGUGUCUCCAGACAUUGUGUUCUUGUCUGUACUUCACGUCUUAGCUAUACUCGUUCCUGUAUUGACAUGCCCUUGUAACUAGAUGCAUUGCACGUGACUGUGUCGCGCUGUAACAGGUUGCUUUUAGUGUCACCACUGAGGCUCACGGUCAAGUCGCCCGUGUGUCGCGCAUUAACAGGUUGCUGUUAGUGUGACUACUGAGGUUUACGGUCAAGUCGCCCGAAAGCAAAGUUGCUUCGCCCGAAAUUUAUAGACAAGUCGCACGAAAUGCUGACGGAUGCCGCCUGUAAUUUUGCCAUUCUAAGUUUGUCUCAACGUGAAGUAAAGAACGAGAUUUAUAUUUCACUUUUAUUGCUCUAGGUUCGUCUCAAUAUGGCUUAAUAAACGAGAUAUGUUGCACACGCUAUUUUAUUGAACUACUUCAACCGGUUACCCACUAAUGGUCAUGUUUUGUUUUAUCGUAGCACAUCAUUCAAAUACGGAAAAGUGCCGCUGUUUUCAUCUUUAUCGCUGGAAUUCUGUUUGGUUUGUUGUUACUUCCCGUUAUCAGAUUGUUGGUCGAAUGCCUUGUUAACACGUUUCUUCAAGAGCCUGAUACAGAUCAGGGAUUUGAAGAUGAAGGACUAGGCAAAGAUGAGGUCGACGAAGAUGAGGAGGAAGAAGAAAAAAAAGAUAGAUAGAUACCAAAACAAGACUGGUUUAUGUUAUUACUAGAUGUAUAUAAUUUAACACCAAACAAUUACCGUUAAAUAAACUUCCUUAUAUACAAUGAACGCCCAGACAAAAGGAACCCGUAGACUUACUCACGAGAGACUGUGGGUCGCGGUUUUUGAACGAUAUAUAUUUAUUCUUAGGCUGCCCUUAUAGAGUCAGUAAGUUGGUUUUUGACGAAGAAAGAUUUGUUUUUUGGACGCUACAGUAAACACCCGCUUAUAACAACCUAUUUUUUUUAAGUCUGGCAAAAUAUGUUCUUCUAUUUUGGGGUACUUGUUGGCAAUUGAAGGUAAGUAGGUUUUUAAUUAGGUUCGUAAUCUUUCUGAAGGAGAUGAUAGGUUGUGG